AUGGGAGAUAAACCGAAUGACUCAGAUCAGGAUCAGGAUAGUUCUGACAACGAGGACAGUCCACCGUCUGACAACAGUGACAGUCCCCAGUCUGACAACAGUGAUGACAGUCCUCCAUCUGACAACAGUGAUGAUAGUCCUCCGUCUGACAACAGUGAUGACAGUUCUCCAUCUGACAAUGACGGUCCUCCCUCUGACAAUGAUGACGGUCCUCCCUCUGACAAUGACGAUGGUCCUCCCUCUGACAACGGUGAUAGUGACAGUUCAGCCUUUGAAUUCAAUGGUGCAAAUCAUAGUGGUACUGACAUAGAGAGCGAGUCAGAGGCUAGCAGUGAAGAUGAUAAUGGUCCAUUGGUUUUUGGAAAUAAUGAAGAGCUAGGAGAGCAUAUUAACAAUCAGCUGAGACAAUGGGCCCUUGAUGGUGGUGUGAUGUCAAUGCGGAAGCUGGACAAGCUGCUACGUCUACUCCACAGAUCAUUUCCAAAUGUACCUCAAAGUUAUAAAAGUCUGCUGAAGUGGUUGACCUAA